GCGGCCGUGGGGCUCAGUGACCUCAGGGGUCCAUGCCAGGCUCAGCCCUCUGUGAUCCUUCUCUUCCCACUGCAGCCGCCGCAGCCAUGUCGGCUGAAAAUGCCAUACCGGCAGAGGACGGGCAGGAGGUGCAGAGUGCGGUGAGUCGGGUGGUCAACCUGCCCCUGGUCAGCUCUGCCUACGGUAUGAUGUCCACCGCCUACGCCACCACCAAGGAGAGCCAUCCCUACGUCAAGUCUGUCUGCGACGUCGCCGAAAAGGGGGUGAAGACGCUGACGGCGGCGGCGGUGAGCGGGGCGCAGCCCAUCCUCACCAAGCUGGAGCCACAGAUUUCCACCGCCAACGAAUACGCCUGCAAAGGGUUGGAUAAGCUGGAGGAGAAGCUGCCCAUCCUGCAGCAGCCUCCGGAGAGGCUGGUGGCAGGGACCAGGGACCUGGUGUCGUCGAGCGUGAGUGGCGCGGUGGGCCUGGCCUGCAGCGCGGUCCAGGGCAGCGUGGAGAGGACACGCUCGGUGCUGAGCAGUGGUGUCAGCACCGUGGUGGGCUCUCGCGUGGGCCAGCUGCUGGCCACAGGCAUGGACACAGUGCUGGGAAAGUCGGAGGAGCUGGUGGAGCGAUACCUGCCCGGGAUGGACGAGGAGCCGGGUCCUGCAGUGGCAGCAGCGGGUGUCGAGGUGGCCUCACUGGAGCGGCAGAGACGGUGGGACAGUUACUUUGUCCGUGUGGGCUCGCUCUCAACCAAACUGCGGCACCGAGCCCUGCGGCGUUCGCUGGGUGAGCUGCAGCGGGCACGGCACAGCGCCCAGCAGGUCCUGGCGCAGCUCCACCGCAUCUUUGAGCUGAUUGAGCAGGGACGGCAGGGCAUGGAUGAGUCCCUGUACAGCGCCCGUCAGCAUCUGCACCGCAUGUGGCUGGAGUGGAGCCAGCAGGAUGCUGUCCCCAUGGAGGAGAGCAAGGUGGAGACACGGACGCUGGCCAUGCUGCACGGGCUCCUGCACCAGCUCCGCGCCGCCUGUACCCGCCUGGCUGCCAGUGCCCGAGCCUUCCCCAGCAGCGUGCAGGAGACGGCAGGACACGUUCGGCACGGCGUGGAGGGCGUGCAAGCUUCCCUCUCCCACGCCCACACCUUCCACGACCUGUCGGGUUUGGUGCUGGCGCAGAGCCGGGAGAGGGUGAUGCGGGCGCAGCUGAGCAUCGAUGAGCUGCUGGAGUACGUGGGGCAGCACGCGCCCCUGCCCUGGUUGGUGGGACCCUUCGCUCCCGCCCUGGUAGAGUAUCCGGAGGAUGUCCCUGUGGAGAUGACCAAAUGGGAAGGUUGCAUCACUGUCGGGGGGUCGCACCGCGUGCCUGCGCCCCCGCGGCUCUGCAGCCAGCGCUGAGCUCGGGCACCACCAAACCUGGGGAGCAGCCACCUGCCCGCAGCAGUGAACCCCAUCUCCGUGUGGGGGACCGGGUGAGGAUGGACUCAGUGACCCAGCGUGGGACCCUUAGUGCUGCAGCGUUCGGGGUGGGAGAGGAUGGUGUCCAUCCCAUCCAUGGCAUCCCCGAGCCUGGGAAGCGCCGGCGUUUGUUGUCUUAAUAGCUUCAGAGUGCUUUGACGAGGAAGAAAACAACU